UCGGUAAGUGCGAUGCUUUUUGUGCAAUAUCGGGAUCAAGUUGAAGUUCGUGGAUUGGAUACGGAUUGAUUAGAAGAGCGGUGAUUUUUCGAGGGAUUUUUUUUUUUUUGAAAGAGAAAGCUUCGUUCUCACUCUGUUAUUCAACAAGUUAAAAUUACGUGCUGUUGGAAGGAAAUGGAAUAAGAAAAAAAGAAAAGGAAAAAGAAGAACAAGAGGCUAACUUCUGUUUAUAUCUGCCUAUGAUGAAUUUUUUUUUAAAUGUGAUUUCCACGGAAUACGAUACACGGAGUAGCGUAAAGCGCGUUACAUCAUUGCAUACUACGAAAUACACGCUUCUGAAUGGAGACUGGCAUGACCAAAUUUGGUGCGGUCUCGAUUCUGUAUCCAACGCUGGAUUUAUUUCGAAGUUUUCCAAUGGACGACUUUAACGAACCUUUUAAAACGUUUCGCUGAAUUUUCACGUUUUUUUUUUCCAAUUUUUUCCAGAGUUCUCGGUAUAAUUUUCAAUCGGGACGAUGGAUUUUUUUUCAAUCGCUUUCCUUAAUACCGUCAAAACCCUUUAGGGAAAUGAAACACGUACAAAGGCCCUUCGUUGUGUUUUCUUGUCACGCGCGUGAGUUUGGAUCUUUUUUAUUUUUAGAGGAAAGUCUGUUUAUUUGGAUUAGUUAUUUGCAUGAAGACAGGGAAGUAUACAGCGUGUCGAGGCCCGUGCGAUAUCAUUAUCGAUUAUCAGACUGGUAGAAAGUUUUCCAAAUCGGAAAUAUUCGCGUAAUUCGAUAUAUCUAUUGUUACUUGGAAAUUAUUUAUCGAUAAUUGUGAUACGCUUUCUGGGUAUUUAUCGAAUUUAUUUAAAUUUUAUUAUUUUGUAAUUGAACUGCAAAAAUACAAAAUUUAAAUGUAAUAUUUUUAACGAAAGUCAAAGAAUUUUUCAUUGUAUUCAUAUAUAUAUAUAUAUGCAGUAAUAUUAAUAUUUAGUAAAAUAUAAUAAAAUUUUUAUGCAAUGGAUUUACAUAUCGAAAGUAAUUAAGAAUGAUGAUUAUUAUAUAAUUAUUUAUAUAAUAAUUUACGUUUUAUUAAUUAUCCAAUUUAUACGUGGCUGCAUUUAAAAAUAUUUUACAUUAAUACAAUUUAUAUAUAAUUGCAUUUCAAGAUAUUUCAUUGAUAAUUUCAUUUAUUAUAUUCAUAUAUUUAUAUCAAAUUAUUGAUAAAAUAAAAAAAAUUUUUAAAAUAAUAUGCUUUAUCAUAUAGUUAUAUACUUUACUUUAUAUUUUAUUUUAUCAUUUAAUUCAUUGUUGUAUUUGUAAUUGAAUUUUUAACAUCGUUUAAAUUCUAAUUUAUUUCGAUUAAUAUUACGACAAUAAAUAUAAAACAUUAACUUUCCAAUAUCGCAAUUAUCGUUAUAAUUGAGUAUCGGAACUUCGUUAAUUUUAUACUGGAAUAUUAAAAUAAUUGAAAAAAAAUAUUUCGUAUUCGAAAAUCGAUAAAAAAAACUAGAAAGAAAAAAAUAUUUUUCCGUGCCGUUUCUGGGUACUCAAGCUACCUUAAUUUUUUCGUGACUCGAGCCGUCACUGACACAACGAACGAGAGGAACACGAAACUGAAACGGCCGGGAGUCGCAAGAGUGUUGUCGGACGUGUGGUUGUGGCCGAAGUGACAAAUUGAUUUUGUGCAACGAAACAGGGCUUCUUUUCUAUCUAUGGAUAUUUUUCACGUUUUCAGAAGCGGCUGAGAGAAAGAAUCCCCUCUUCGAGAACGGUAGUCGCACACCCACACGCACUGGAGAGAAGAACGAGGUGUAUAUAUAUAUAUAAGGCGCAAGAAAGGAACGACUUAAACUUCGAGUGAUUCCGGUGGUUUUCGUGAACGCAGAUCAUCACCCCAGGCAGUCGCAAUGGCCACCCUAUCCUUGCGCAUCUCCAUCCCGGAGAAAAACGCCACGAAGAUGAUGCAAUUCGACCCGAGCACAUCCAUUUACGACGCUUGCCGUAUUAUCAGAGAGAAACUCGCUGAAGCGAGUAACAUGGGCCAACCGAAGGACUACGGAUUAUUCCUUGCCGACGAGGACGUGAAGAAGGGAGUUUGGCUGGAGCCAGGCCGGAAUCUCGAUUAUUACAUUCUGAGGAACGGCGAUCUGCUCGAGUACCGGCGUAAACUGCGGACCCUUCGAGUGCGCAUGUUGGAUGGAACGUUGAAGACGUUGUUGGUGGACGACAGCCAACCCGUCGCCAAUCUCAUGGUGGUAAUUUGUACGAAGAUAGGCAUCACGAACCACGAUGAGUACUCGUUGGUACGCGAGCUGGCCGAUGAGGAGACCGAGAACCAGAAGCCCGGCAAUUUCGGCACCCUCACGCUCAAGAGGAGGAAAGAGGAGAAAGGAGAGCGGGACGCGAAGAUGGAUCAGUUAAGGAAGAAGCUCAAGACCGACGACGAAGUGAAUUGGAUAGAUCCAAGUAAGACGUUACGAGAGCAAGGGAUAGACGAGUCAGAAACAGUGUUGCUGCGGAGAAAAUUCUUCUUUUCGGAUCAGAAUAUCGACAGCCGAGAUCCGGUGCAAUUAUCUCUUUUGUACGUUCAAGCAAGAGACGCAAUUCUAGAUGGCACGCAUCCGGUUACUCAGGAAAAAGCUUGUAUUUUCGCUGGAAUACAAUGCCAGAUCCAGUUCGGUGAUCACAAGGAAGACAAGCACAAGCCAGGCUUUCUCGACCUCAAGGAAUUUUUACCACAAUCAUAUUUGAAGGUGAAGGGUAUCGAGAAGAAGAUUUUCGCAGAGCACAAAAAACACAUCGGCCUCUCCGAGCUCGAUGCUAAAGUGUUGUAUACGAGAACAGCGAGAUCGUUGAGCACCUACGGCGUCACGUUCUUCUUAGUGAAAGAGAAAAUGAAGGGGAAAAAUAAAUUGGUGCCACGUUUGCUCGGUGUCACUAAGGAUUCCGUCUUGCGACUCGACGAAAAAACGAAAGAAAUCUUGAAAACGUGGCCGUUGACUACCGUUCGACGUUGGGGAGCCUCUCCAAACACAUUCACACUCGACUUUGGCGAUUAUUCUGAUCAAUACUACAGCGUACAAACCACAGAAGCAGAACAGAUACUUCAGCUAAUCUCUGGUUACAUCGACAUCAUUCUCAAGAAGCAAAAAGCUAAAGAUCACUUUGGUAUCGAGGGAGAUGAAGGUUCAACCAUGGUUGAAGACAGUGUAUCGCCUUUGAAAGCAACGAUUAUGCAACACGAAACGAGUAAUGCUGGCAAAGGAAACGUGGAAGCUGUGUCAGUUGCCAUACCUGCAGUCAUGAGAACCGGUGUAGACGGGGCUCGGCCGUAUGGGACUGGGCACAUGGGCAGUGCUCAAUACACGACUGUCAGCGGCCAGGUGAACAUCGCUCACGCUCCACCGAUGGUGCAACAAACAAAGGUCACAUCCGUCCUGUCCGAACCACAACGUGCCUUACUGUCUACCAUAACCGCUGGCCACGAGGUGAUCCACAUCGCCGAGACCGAGUUGUCUUCGAAAGCCCAACUUCCCGAACUGGGCACCGACCCUGCCUCGUUGAAAUGGAUCGAGCAGACGAUCGACACUCACAAGCAGAACGUUGGCUCGCAGAUCGCGGCGAUGAACGCCGCGACCGCCCAGGUUGUCACCCUGACCUCCGGCCCGGCCGACGACGUGGACCACACGGCGGUGGGCGCAGCCAUCACCACGAUCGCCACCAAUCUGCCGGAGAUGACCAAGGGCGUGAGAAUGAUCGCUGCCCUGAUGGACGACGAGUCCUCGGGGGAUAAAUUGUUGGAUGCCGCAAGAAAGCUGUGCUCGGCAUUCUCCGACUUGCUCAAGGCCACCGAGCCAGAAACCAAAGAGCCUUUCUACGUAGCGAUAUCUUCGUACGAACGAUACCCAAGGCAGAAUCUGUUGAACGCCGCUUCUCGCGUGGGUGAAGCUUCGCACCAGGUGCUAACAACUAUAGGUGAAGAGAACGACUCGAAUCGAGAGCUUCAAGAUAUGCUAUUAGCCUUGGCUAAAGCUGUGGCCAACUCGACUGCUGCUUUGGUCCUCAAAGCAAAGAAUAUCGCAGCCACCUGCGAGGAUUCCGCGACCCAGAAUCGCGUAAUUUCAGCAGCUACGCAAUGUGCUCUCGCUACAUCUCAAUUAGUCGCCUGUGCAAAGGUCGUGGCGCCAACUCUGCACUCCCCUGCUUGUCAAACGCAGCUGAUGAACGCGGUUCGUGAAGUGACGAAGGCGGUCGAAGGUUUGUUGGAAGUGUGCAAUGAGACCUGUAACGACGAAAACCUGUUGAAAGAGUUGAACAUCGCUGCCAGUGAAGUGAGUAGAACGUUGAACGAUUUGUUGAGUCACAUUAAGACAGCCACCAGAGGAGAGCGAGCAAAAGAAUCUAUUCAAGAGGGAGCGGUGGAGACGAUAUUGAUAGCCACUGAUAAACUGUUUGCCAGCACAGGAGAUGCUGGCGAGAUGGUGAGACAAGCAAGAGUUGUUGGCCAAGCAACGGCACAAUUGAUUCAAAGCAUAAAGGGCGAGGCAGAGAGGCAAACUGAUUCGGAACAGCAACGCAGAUUAUUAGCUGCUGCUAAGGUACUUGCUGAUGCCACAGCCAAAAUGGUGGAGGCUGCUAGACAAUGUGCUAGUAGUCCACACGAUGCUAAGAUGCAGGAUCAAUUGCGACAAGCUGCCGAAGAAUUGAGAGCAGCUACCACUGCCGCUGCUACUCCUGCUUUGAGAAGGAAAUUGAUUAAUAGAUUAGAAGCCUGUGCCAAACAGGCUGCCGCCACUGCUACACAAUGCAUUGCUGCUUCAACAGGCGCUGCUCAUCACAACACAAACCAAAGUAGCCAAGAGGAAUUAAACGCAGAGUGUCAUACCAUGGCGCAACAUAUACCAAGCCUUGUAGCCGGUGUGAAAGGAACGCAGGCUCAACCGGAUAACUCCACUGCACAGUUGAAUCUGAUUAAUGCUUCUGAACAGUUCUUACAACCUGGUACUGCAGUGGUAAAAGCUGCCAGGGCAGUAUUACCAACUGUUACUGAUCAAGCUUCUGCUCUUCAAUUGAACAAUACUUCUCAGCAAUUGGGUGCUUCUCUCUCAGAUUUGAGAUCUGCUGUGACGCGUGCAAGGGAAGCUUGCGGUGGACUGGAAUUAGAUGCAGCUGAAGAGUUGAUAAACAGCUUGAAAGACGAAUUGAGAGAGUUUUAUAGAGCCGUAGAGGCUGCUUCCCUGAGGCCAUUACCUGAUGAGACCACGGAAUCCACUGCUCUUCGCUUGGGCGCCACGUCGAAGAACGUAGGUUUCGCCAUGGCUCAGCUGCUCUCUGCUGCUAAACAAGGAAAUGAAAAUUACACGGGAAGCGCGGCUAGAGAAACAGCAACUGCUCUUAAAGAUUUGACUUAUGCAGUUCGUGGAGUGGCUGCAACUUCGAAUCAACCUGAUACGCAAAAGAAAGUUUUAAUGACCGCUGAUGAUGUAAUCUUGAAGUCGUUGAGACUGGUCAAAGAGGCUAGAAGAGCUCUAAAGAAUCCUGAUAAUGUAGACAAUGAAGCUAAUCUAGCUGCUGUUGCUAAAGAUGUGUCAAAUUCGUUGAACAAAUGCGUGUCUUGCUUGCCUGGACAAAGAGACGUAGAUGAUGCUAUCAAGAAUAUCGACGAAAUGACUCAAGUUCUAGGCAUGAACGAAUUUCCUCAAACUAACAAAAGUUAUGGGCAACUGCAAAGUGAUCUUAAUAACGCAGCUGCGAAUCUAAACGAUGCUUCAUCGAACGUAGUAUCAUCGGUACGUUCCCCGGUGCAACUAGCUAGUUCUUCCAAGCAAUUCACCAAUGCUUUCGGAGAUUUGUUGGGUGUUGGCAUGGAAAUGGCCGGUCAAACAGCCAUCGAAACUCGAACUCAAAUGGUAGUCUCACUGAAGAAUGUCAGCAUGACAUCCAGCAAGCUUUUGGUAACUGCUAAAUCUGUAGCAGCUGACCCGAGUGCUCCAAACGCCAAGAACCAAUUAUCAGCUGCUGCGCGAGCGGUAACAGAUUCCAUCAAUUAUCUAGUUGACGUUUGUACUUCAGCCGCACCUGGACAAAACGAAUGCGACAACGCCAUCAGAAACAUACAAUCGAUGAGGUCGCUUCUUGAUAAUCCUAGUGAACCAAUAUCCGACGCAAGUUACUUCGAAUGCCUUGAAACUGUAAUGGAGAAAAGCAAGAGCUUGGGCGAUGGUAUGACAGGCAUAGCUAACCAUGCAAAGAAAUCGGAACAUGAGCAAUUCUCAGUAGCCGUUAGAGGAGUGUCAUCUUCAAUCUGUGGUCUGAUAGAAGCGGCUGCCCAAGCUGCGUAUUUAGCUGGAGUAAGCGACCCAACAUCAGUGGCUGGAAAACCAGGCUUGGUGGAUCAAGCUCAAUUCCUCAGAGCUGCUCAGGCUAUUCAUACUGGUUGUCAGAGUCUUGGCAAUCCCACGAGCACCGAGCAACAAGUUCUUUCAGCAGCUACCAUGAUCGCCAAAUACACUAGCGCUCUCUGCAACGCUUGUCGCGAAGCUUCGAACAAAACCAGCAAUCCUGUUGCCAAACGGCACUUCGUUCAAUCGGCCAAGGAUGUUGCCAAUUCCACAUCAGCUCUGGUGAAGGAGAUCAAAGCGUUGGAUCAGAAUUAUUCCGAAGCUAACAGAGAGAAGUGUGCGGAGGCUACCAAGCCUCUUCUAGAAGCUGUCGACAAUCUGUGCACUUUUGCCGGAUCUCCAGAAUUCGCCAGUCAACCUGCAAAGAUAUCCAUAGCAGCUAGAGCUGCCCAGGAACCAAUAACAAGCGCGGGUAAAGCUAUCAUCGACGGUUCUUGCGCGAUGGUGCGAGCUGCUAAGAGUCUAGCUGUUAGUCCUAAAGAUCCCCCAACUUGGCAAUUAUUGGCAAAUCAUAGCAAGAGUGUCAGUGAUUCGAUCAAGUCUCUAGUUGCUUCCAUCCGCGACAAGGCACCUGGACAGAAGGAAUGCGAUGCCGCGAUCGAAAAAUUGUCGGCCAGGAUUCGAGAACUGGAUGCCGCAUCACUCAGCGCUGUGUCACAGGCAUUGGUUCCACGAAGAGAGAACACGGUGCAAGGAUUUACCGAUCAAAUGGAGAGCAGUGCCAGCGAAUUACGAGAAAAACUGGAACCUCUUCGAACAGCUGCUAAAUACGAAGCUGAAAACGUGGGGCACGCUGUCAACCAGAUCGCUUUGUAUUGCGAACCCUUGGUUUCCGGUGCUAUCGGUGCUGCUUCAAACAUGGUGCAUUCGAAACAACAGAUGGUGCUAUUAGAUCAAACGAAAACCGUUACUGAAUCUGCUCUGCAGCUUGUCUGUGUGACAAAGGAGUCUGGUGGUAAUUCGAAAGCAAUCGUUUUGCACACAGAAGUAGACGAAACGGUGGAAUCAAUGAAAGACGCGCUGCAGGAAUUGCAAAAUACUUUGGAAACUAUCUCGACAUCAAAUGGUAUUGUUACCGGGUUGAUCGAUACCAUUUCUCGAGCCAUGGUUAGGUUGGAGGAUCAUAGGAUGUCCACAAUCGACACUGUGGAUUCGUAUGUGGAUUAUCAAACAAGAAUGGUGGAGGCUGCUAAAGAAAUUGCUCGGCUGGCACAGGAAAUGUCAACUAAAUCCAGCACCGACGUAGGCAGAUUAGGUCCUCUUGCAGUGGACAUCUCCCACAAAUACACUCAGCUAGCCCGCGAUACGUCCGGCGCCUCAGCAGCUGCAUCUAACGCUGACGUGUCUGCAAGACUUCGUACAGGUGUGCAAGAGCUUGGCAGAGCUUGCGUGGACAUCGUUCGAGCAACAGGGACGUGUCAGAUGUCACCGGGCGAUGCCUAUGCUCAAAGAGAAAUUGCAGAGCACAGCAAGAUCGUCACCGAGAAGGUGUCCCAGGUGUUGGCUGCCUUGCAGGCUGGUUCCAGAGGUACACAAGCGUGCAUCAAUGCUGCGAGCACCGUGUCAGGUAUUAUCGGCGACUUGGACACCACGAUCAUGUUCGCUACUGCUGGAACUUUGCACGCGGAAAACGAAGGCGACACUUUUGCCGAUCAUCGAGAGAACAUCUUAAAGACGGCCAAGGCUCUGGUAGAAGAUACCAAAACGCUAGUAGCAGGUGCAGCCUCGUCUCAAGAGCAAUUGGCAGUCGCGGCGCAGAAUGCAGUCUCAACGAUAGUUCAGCUUGCUGAGGUUGUUAAAUAUGGAGCUGCUAGUUUGGGUAGCCAGAAUCCUGAAGCUCAAGUAAUGCUGAUCAACGCGGUGAAGGAUGUGGCUUCUGCUCUUGGAGAUCUAAUACAUGCUACCAAAGCAGCCAGCGGAAAACCUAUCAACGAUCCUAGUAUGGCGCAUUUAAAGGAUUCAGCCAAGGUGAUGGUGACCAACGUUACGUCUCUGUUGAAAACUGUGAAAGCUGUGGAAGAUGAACACACUCGUGGCACCAGGGCGCUGGAAUCGACGAUCGAGGCCAUAGCGCAAGAGAUCCGCGCCUUGAACACCCAAGAGAUCCAAAAGACGAACGUGACUCCCGAGGAUCUGGUUCGUUGCACGAAAAGCAUCACGAUGUCAACUGCAAAGGCGGUGGCCGCGGGAAACAGUUGUAAACAGGAUGACAUAAUCGCAGCUGCGAACAUGGGACGGAAGGCGAUUAGCGACAUGCUGACAAUUUGCAAAGGAGCCGCGUAUAAUUGCGCUGAAACGGCCGAGUUGCGAGACAGAACGCUCCAAGCUGGCCACGAUGUCGCUAUUAAUUAUAGAGAAUUGUUGCAAGCCAUCCUCCAAAUUGCGUCAAGAUCCGGUGACGCAAAGCACACCUUGCCACCGAUUAGUAGAAAGAUAGCUCAAAGCGUCACCGAAUUGGUAGCCGUUGCUGAAUUGCUGAAGGGCAAUGAUUGGGUGGAUCCUGACGAUCCGACGGUCAUUGCUGAAAAUGAAUUGUUGGGGGCUGCUGCAAGCAUCGAUGCUGCUGCAAAGAAGCUCGCCAGCUUGAGACCUAGAAGGAGCAUACAGGAGGCAAACGAAGACAUGAACUUCGAUGAAAUGAUCCUCGAGGCGGCCAAAUCGAUCGCUGCCGCAACAUCAGCGCUUAUAAAAGCAGCCAGUGCCGCUCAAAGAGAGUUAAUAGCCACUGGAAAAGUAUCUCGAACACCUUUGACCAGUUCUGACGAUGGCCAAUGGUCCGAAGGAUUAAUUUCAGCCGCGAGGAUGGUCGCAGCAGCUACUCACAGCCUCGUGGAAUCAGCAAACGCUUUGGUACAAGGUGUCAGCUCCGAGGAGAAAUUGAUUUCCAGCGCGAAACAAGUAGCUAGCAGCACAGCACAGUUGUUGGUCGCUUGUAAAGUAAAGGCAGAUCCAGACAGCGACAGCACGAAACGUUUGCAAGCAGCUGGAAAUGCUGUGAAACGCGCUACAGACAACUUGGUACGAGCAGCUCAACAGGCUAUUCAGCAAGAAGAGGACAGAUCAUUGAUUUUGAACCGCAGAAUGGUAGGUGGUAUCGCUCAGGAGAUAAAUGCCAGAUCGGAGGUUCUGCGUAUUGAGAGAGAACUGGAGGAAGCUAGAGGAAGACUCACUGCUAUACGACAGGCAAAGUAUAAAAAUCGGCCAGACUUGGCUGACACUGACGCAGAACCUGAACAGAGCGGUUAUGAGAGUUACACAACCAGAUAUGAGACCAGAUCUUAUGAGACUCAAUCACAGAGUUAUAGUAUGUAUCAACAUCAUUCUACAUCGCACAAUAUUAGCCAACUUUCUAUGGAUAGACAGACUCUGGUCAGUCCAGAGAAAGUUUACUCUACGCAGAGCACUUUAGAGAAGAAAAAUAUAAAUUUAAAUCAAUAUUAAUGUCAAUUCAUCAAAAAAAUUAGAUUUUGUUAAGAAGAAUAGUACGAUUUGCGUUUAAAAGCAAUUAAUCAUGAAGUUUUGUAAUGGAAUUUUGAUCGUAUUUCGAAUACUCCAAACAAUAGAUUGCGAAUACGAUUGUGGAACAUAUUCGAUGAAUAUUCAAAUUUCUUACAGUACAUUCGAAAGCAAUAUUAUUAAAUUUACAAUUUACGUCCAUAAAUAUGAAAUAUAUUCAAAGAGAAAUAUAUUCGAAUGGCAAGAAAUACUCGAAAUCAGAAUUUCUUAAAUAUUAUAUCACUUUUGCUAUCUCGAUACAUCGAGAUAAUAAUGAUAGAAUUGCAUUAGUCUAUGAUAAUGUUUGCGAUGAUACGAUAGAAAAGUGCCCUUAGCUAGAAUUAACCGUAUGCUUUCGCAAUUAGAUUUUAUAAGAAUAAUUCUUGAUUCGUCUAUAACCGUCCAUCUUUUCCACGAACUUAUCUGUAUCAAUUUAACACGAACCAUGAUUAGAGAAAACUACAGAGCACAUUUUUCUACACAUUUUUUGUUUCGACGAUUUUGAUAAAAUACUUUGAUAAAAUAUUUACUACUUUUGCUCUUCCUUUUGAUAUAAUUUUUUGAAAAAAAUGUGCAAUUGAACGCAAAUUUACACAAGAAUAUUUGUAUUUACAUUCUCGAGGAAGAGUUUAAUGGACUUAAGAUAACUUCAUAGCAUCUGCACUUUUUAAAAUAUAUAUUUAUAUCUAACUAUUAAGAGAAUAAUCGUACAAGAUCCGAGGAAGAAAGAUAACUUGAAUCGAAUGUUUCUUUUUUUAUUCUUUGGUUUUCUAGACAAACGAUUUAAUAGUCGUUAUACACCUGAUUUAAUUUAGAUCUAAUUUAUCAUAAUAUUUUAAGUUUAAGAUCACGGAUUAACAAGAAAAGCAACAUAUCAUUUAAUUUUAUUAACUUUCCGACAAUGUGUGGUCUAAUCCCACAGAGUCUUCACCUGUUUUCCCUUAACACUUUCCGUUUUUCUUGGGAUUAACAUUAUUAUUUAAGUCUUUGUUCAUUCUGACAAUUAAGUAAUCGUUACUUGAACUUACUUUUCUUCAUUAUCUUUUUUUAUUAUCUUUCUUACAUUAUCUUUUGCUCGUUGCUCAUCAUAUACGAUGGCUUGAUAAUUUGGUGGUUUUUUUUUUUACACUUUAAUAAGAGAUUUGAUUAUCAGCUUUUUUAAACCUAACACAACGUAACACAAAGAUUUGUAAAAUCUUAUAUAUCGCCAAAUCUUGCACAUGAGUACUACGUAGGAUAAUUCUAAGUUUCAAGUAGAUUUUAACAAAUUUUAAAUGCGAGCAAAUUUGAAUAGGAAAAGAUAUAUAAAUGAGAAUAUUGGAUAGUUAAAUGAAAAGACUAUCUUUUUUAUCUUUUUUCUUCUUAUAUAUAUAUUUUUUUUAUAAACGCAUGGUACAACAAAUACAACAAAUGUUAAUUAAAUUACUUAUUACAUUUUUCUUUUUCAUAAAAUUGUGCAAUUGUAAAAUAUUUAGAAAAAAAAGUGUCAAUAAUUUGUAUGAUUUAUUCAUUUAAUUUUGGAAUAGAUAGUCUGCACAUAAUUUCAUUCUUUUCUUAUUGUUGGAUUAUUUAAAGAUAAAAAUCUCUAUUUCUCAAGAAAUUUAGAUAUUAAGUUAGAGUUAAAUAAUAACUAUAUUUUAUGACGUUAAAAUUAUUUUUCAUUAAAUUAAAUCAUAAAGUUUUUUUAAUUUUUAUAAUCAUCUUGUAUAUUAAAUGCAAUUAACAAUAACGAAUAAAAUAGCAAUAGGAUAAAAUUAGAUACAAAUAACUGCUGAACAUACAAAAAACAUUAUAACAAAAAUUGGAGAAAAUAUUUAUCGUGAAACAUCUUAGAAUAGAUCAUUUAUUUUUGUUACUGCAAAGAUUAAGCUUUUUUGACAAGAAAAAAAAAAAAAUAAUAUUAACAUCGUAAUGAAAAUUAAUAUAAAAAUUAUGCACAUUUAAAGAGGCUUGAUUAAAGUAUAAUUAUAUUAUAUAUAUAUAUAUAUAUAGAUAUUUUAAUGAAAUUUGUAUAAAAAUGCCAAUAAUCUUUUAUAAAAGUGAAGUGUAUGUUAAAAAAGAAUUUUAAACAGAAAAUACAUUUGUGCUUUUAAUUAAAAGUCGUAAUCAGAGACAAAAUCUUUAGUUCUCUUGAAGUUAAACACGAAUCAUUAUGAUUUUUAAUAAAAAUAUAAUUAAUUCAAUUAUAUGGAUAUUGUGUCAUUCAAUAUCAUGGAAUCAUUGUCGAAAUAAAAUAAGCAUUUGUAAAAAUUUUUUUCUUUUUUAAUUUUAGAUUUAUAUAUAAAAGAUCACUUUAUACACGAGAAAUAUAUCAAUUUUAUACGUUUUUACAAAUUUUGAACAAUUUUAUAUUGGAAUUUAUAUAACAAUUCUAUUAACUUAAAACUAUAACUAAUGUAACAGCUCUAUUACUUCCAAGCAUUUGUAAUUUCUUUAUAUUCUUUUUUUCUUGAUCAUGUGUUUGAACUUGAGAAGAAAAGGAAUUCGAUUUAGACAGAUGAAAGAAAAGAAGAUAUUUCAAAAAACAUUCUUGAAAAUUGAUUGGAAGGUCUGCACAGACCUGUUCCAAGUGAUCGAUUAGUGCAAUUAUCGUUAGUCUUUCGAAGCUAAGUGAAGAAUUUGUACAUAGAUGUUAUAAAUAUUUCGCGUAAAAAGAAAAAAAAAAGAUUUGACGAAUCCAUAAAUGGUGAAGAAGAAAAAGUGCCUGAGUCUAAAUGAGCUGCCGCUUUUUUUCAUAUAUAUAUAUAUAUGCUAUGUAGAGAAUUCGUAAGAUUUUCGUAUAUUACCAAAAAUAUCAGAUGCUUUACUGAUGUUCGAUAGCAUGAUUUGAAAAAAAAAAAGAAAAAAAAAAAAGAAAAAGAAAAAAAGGAAAAAAAGGAAGGAGAGAGAAACGAAGAUCCCUUUGUACGAAAAAAUCAAACAUUUCCAGAGGGGAAAAAAGAAAGGAAAAAGAAAAAAGCGAGGAGAUAGAUUUUACAUUAUUAUUGUUAAAUACUUUUUUUUUUUUUUUUCAAAGGGAUCUAUAUACAAGUAUAUAAAUAUAUAUGUAUGUGUAUAUAUACAUUAUUGCAUUUAGCGUUAUAUAUUUUCAGAACGAUCGCCAAUCGUAUUUUUAUUUUAUAUACAUAUAUACUUAUAGAGUGCCAUGAUAUAUAAAAAAUUAAAUAUUAUAUAAAUAUAAAUAAUAAAGAUGGUGGAAAAUGAUAUACGAUAGAUAGAUUCUCUAUAUAUUAUUAUGUAUUAAAUAUAUGUAUAUGUCAUUAAGAUAAUGUUAAAAAAAGGAAGAGAGCGCAGUGGAAGAGAGAGAGAGAGAGAGACGGUUUUUACAAAUUUUAAAACACUUUAUAUUCAUUGUUUUUUGACAAUCCAGAUUUAUAUACAGGAUAUUUUUAAUCCAUUGUAUCUAAUACAAUUAAAUCUUAUCGUGGAAUGUUAUACGAGUUGUAAUAUUAUAUUAUUAUAUUAGAUUACAUUAUAUUAUUGGUUUAUUAUUAUUAUUAUUAUUAUUAUUAUUAUUAUUAUUAUAUUAUUAUUAAUUACAAUGUACGUACAGCUACGAGAUGAUUAUGACGAUGAAUAUUGUUUUAUUAUAAUUAUAUUACAACGACUAUUCUCGAAUGUAGGUAUUAGCCCUAAUUAUAUUAAAAAUAAUAAAGAGUUUCUAACAUUUCA